GGAGAACUUGCCAUGUGACCUUAAUUGCGAUAGAGUUCCUGGAACAAAACAAAACAAACAGAAUGGCAGGUGUCAACCAAAAGGAGUGGUGUACAAGAUAGCCACGCUUGCUUGAAGUGUAUUUGACUGAAAAUCUGAAGAAGAAAAGCCAUUCUGACGUCAGAAAAAAAAAGAUCUGAGACGCUGGACUGGCAGCUGUCAUGAGAAUACAUACCCAGAAUGGCAGAAGCUGUGAGACCCAAGAGAAUCAAGCCAAGGCACAGCCAGAAGUCUCAGGAUAAAAAGCAGAAAGAGGUUGAAGGUGGUAAGAGAGCAGGGCAGCUGACUCCUCUUGACCUGAAGGAGGAGCCUCUACCUUUGGCCCCCGUGCACCCGAUUGUCAAGGAGGAACCUCUUCCUUUGGCCCCCCUGCACUCACCCCUCAAGGAGAAAAGUGCCCCCCAGUCCAGCGAUGACUUCACCAACAUCCCCCUGAGCCUCACGGACACUGGACCCCCCGCAGAGCCGGAGGAUGUAUCACACAGUGCAGAGCCAUUAUCAGACUCAGCUGGAGAGGAGAGGGGGGCGAGGGGGGCGAGCGAGGAGCUUGCGGGCGCUCUCUCCAGCCAAGGGGAUUCCCUCCAGCCCAAGGACAUUUUCGAGGCCCGGCCUGCGCUGAAAGAUGAGGUCAUCAAAGAGGCGGAGCCUAGGCCAUUGCAGCCGAAGCUCCUUGAGGAGAAGGCCUUGGACUACAAGUUUGGGCCAUCUGAGAAGGCCCCGGAAGCCAGUGUCGCUCCUCGUCUGUACCCCACCCUCCCCGCCGCCCCCUCGGAGCCCCAGCUCCUGGUGGUGGAGGACCAGUGUUCCGCCAGCUCUGAGCUGGUGGACACCUCCCUGGCGCAAGUCCCGAGGAUGGGCGUGGCCCUGAAAGACCCCGAGCAGAGGGCACCAGCCGUCCUUCGCCUGGCCGAGCAGGAGUCCUCGCCGCCCAGCCUGGUGCCCGUGGACCUGGCCAAGCCCGAGACAGCCCGGCAGAGGCUCUACCCGGAGCUGCCCGAGGCCAGCCCGGCCGUGCAGGCCUUCACCCGGGAGCAGCUGCGCCUCUGGGAGCCGGGCUCCUGGCUAGAGAACGUGGAGCUCCACGCCGCUGAGUUCCAGGGCGUGGCCCACCAGGAGGGCCACGAGCUGCAGGAGCUGCUGCUGCACUACUGGCGCUGCCGCAAGCAGCUGACGCAGGCGCACACCGAGCUGCAGGCCGCCAACUCCGACUGCAGGAGCACCCAGAACCGCCUCUGGAGCUUCAGGGACGAGCAGCUCACCCUCCAGGGUGUGUGCACGGACCAGGCCAAGGUGUGCGGCUACCACCGCUUCCAGCAGGUGACGCUCAACGAGGCGGUGGUGGCCGAGCUGAGGCACCUGUUUGAGGCCAAAGAGGAGCUGCUGCACCAGACGGUGGCGCUGCACUCCUACACCGCCAUGCUGUCCCGCCUGCAGGUGGAGUCCUACCUCUACCGCCUGCUCAGCGGCAACCAGGCCACCAAGGGCGUGGCCGUCCUGGACUCCGGCACAGACUGCGCCGAAGCGAAGUCGCAGCCGUCCUCGCUGCAGCCGCUGCGGGAGAGCAUCAGCGUGCUCUUCGGCUUCACACGCAGGGUCCUGGACGACGCGCAGUUCCAGGCCGACGUCCACACGUGGCUGCAGAGACUGGUUUCUGUCCUGCACAAGGUGGGCUCACCUGGGGAUCACCUGUACCUCCUCAGCCACCUCCUGCACUGCCCAGCAGGGGUGGGGAGGUGGGCUGCACCUUUCCUGCAGAUAAAAGUCUUGGAUAACCCCUCUGGAGUGUAUCACUUCAUGCAAGCUCUGGCCAUACUGAUGUCUGCAGUAAGGAACCGCGCUGACUUCCUGUGCCACAUGAAGCCCUGUGAGACCAAGAGCAGCUCCGCGGGCCAGUCCGGACCCGGGUCGGGGAACUGGACGCUGGUGGACGAAGGCGGGGAGGAGGAUGAAGACCCAGAGACAAGCUGGCUGCUUCUGUCGGAAGAUGACCUCAUCGUUCUCUUCUCCCAGUUCCCCUUCGACGAGCUCUUUAAACACCUGUUAGGGAUGACCUCCAAGGGUAACUACCAACCCCAGGCCACCACCAGCCAGAAGAUGAUGAAGAUCUUUGCUUUCGCCUCAUCGCUGGUGGAGCUGUUAGCUGUGGGCCUGCAGACGUACAACAGGGCCCGCUACAGGCAGUUUGUCAAGCGAAUAGGUCACAUGAUAAGGAUGACCCUGUGUUAUGUGAGUGACCACUGGGCCCAGUACGUUAGCCUGACCGGGGUGUCCAGGACCACGGUUCAGGAGCAGUCUUUCUCCAUGGAGAAGCUGCAGGUGGAGUUUGACCACCUCUUCCUCAGGGCUGUACUGCACGUGCUGGAGGCCAAAAGGCUGGGGAUCUGGCUCUUCAUGUCAGAGAUGCCGUACGGGACUCUCUCCAGCUCCAUGCUGUGGAAGAUCUUCUACAUCAUGCAGUGCGCGGAGACCGAGGGCUUGGACAGGCUCAGCACUGGCCUGAGCACCGCAACCUGUGUUCAGCGACUAAGGGAGCCGGAGCACCAGGAGAAGUUUGAGCACUGGCUUUCUGAAAUAAACAGCUCCGACGGGAUCUGCCUGCUGACGGCCUUCGCCCACAUGGCCCAGCCCAAACGCACCGAUGCCGACCCCGAGUUCGUCAGGACCAUCGUGCUGCAGAUAUACGAGGUGUCCUAUGUCAGCGUGGCCACCAGGGAGACCUUCUCCAAGGUGGGGCGGGAGCUGCUAGCUGCCAUAGCGACGGCCCACCCCCACAUUAUUUCGGUGUUGCUGGAGCGACUGCGCGAGACUAUCGAUAAAGUGGGCAUGGUGUCUCUGUACCUGUUCAAAGAGCUGCCGCUGUACCUGUGGAGCCCGGCCCCCAGCGAGGUGGGGGUGAUCCGGGGCUGGCUGCUGGACUUCGGCCUCCCCGCUGUGGAGAACAAGCUGGCCUGCAUUGUCCUGGAGGGCCUCAACUGGGGCUUCAGCCCGAGUGGCUGUUUGGCCCUGGACCCUGCAUUGCACUCUGAGGUUGCCUUGCUGGUGGUGGAGGCCUAUCAGAAAUACCUUACAGACAAACCCUAUGGGGGAAUCAUAUCGGAGAGCAUCAAGCAGGUGUCUUACCUGGCCAACGUGGUCCGCCUGGGCCACACCCCUGAGGCCUCCUUCAACCAAUGGGCCUGGGACCUGGUGCUGCGCCUGAAGCUCCAUGCCAACGAGCGCCGUCCCCGGGACGCCUGGUCCCCCCUGCCCUCCACCAGCACGCUGGUCCCGGAGGUGACGGACACGCCCACCAUGCACCCCGUCCUCAAGGCGGUGAGGGCCGGGAUCCCCAUUGGCUGCUUCCUGGCCAUCACCAUGACUACCAUCGGACACAGUUUGGAGAAGUUCUGCAGUGAGGGGGUGGGACUGCUAAAGACCCUGGUUCAGUCUCGAUACCUCAGAGCGGCAGUCCACGUGCUGGACAACCUCCUGCCCCUGGUCUACUCCUGCCAGUUCUACCUGCUCAAGAACGAACAGUUCCUGGGCUGCAUCCAGCUGUUUCUGCAGCUGGACAGCGGGACCCCCCAGGGUGUGACCCAGCAGGUCACCCACAAGGUGGCGCAGCACCUCAUCGGAACCUCCCACGGAGAGAACGUCAAGCUCCUCGACAGCGUCAUACAGACCCACGUGCUGGAGAGCUCCAGGGCGGGGCGGGUCGGGGCGGUGGCCGUGCUGGAGUUCUGGAUGCAGGUUUUGACCGGGCAGAGCCUCUGGCACCGCGACAGGACCGUCCUGCACCUCCUGGACCACCUCUGUCGAGCCGCCUUCCUGCACCAGCAAGAGGAGUGUCUCCAGAAACUUCUGUACCAGCAGCACAAGAAUGCCUUAGGUUACCAUGGAGACCGGGGGCUGCUCUCGUCCCUCGUGGGGUGGAUUGUUGCCGGGAACAUCACGCCCUCUUUCAUCGAAGGGAACGCACUGGCUGGCGAGGUGUGGUUCGCCUGGCUGGUGCUGAACAUGGAGUCCAUCUUUGAGGAGGAUUCCCAGCUUCGCCGCUGCGUGGAGCAUGAGCUCCUCAGCAACCCCACCCUCCCGCCAGACCAGGCCCUCAAGAAAGCCCAGGUGCGGCUAAAGCUGCACGUGGUGCCGUCCCUGCAAAGGAUGAUGGUCUACCGCUGGGCUCAGCAGGCCCUGGCCACGCCCGCCGACCACCCCCUCCUCCCCCUGGUCUGGCAGAAGUUCCUCCAGCUCUACCUCCGGCAGCCCGGACCCGAAUUUGGGUUCGAGGCGAAAGGUUGCAUUGGGAAGCGCUACUUCCACAGCCCCGCCCACGCAUCGCUGCUCAAAGACCUCCGGCAGAGGCUGGUGGAGGUGUCCGAUUUCCACCACGCGGCCAGCAAGGCCCUGAAGGUGCCCCGGUCCGCAGGGGAGGGGUCCGGCGAGGGGGACAGCACACCCGGGACCCCCAUCGCUCAGUACCUGACCUCCCCUGAGCUACACACCGAGCUGGUCAGGCUCUUUGGUGUAUUUGCGGUUUGGUUAGAAGAUGAAAACUUUCUGAAACAGGAAGUGUAUUUACCCUCAUUGCCGAAGCAGUAUGAUGCACACAAGCUGGCCAAAAUCAUGCAAAACCAGCAGGAAGUGUGGAUGGAGUACAUGGACAUUGAGCGUGUGCAGCACGAGCUGGGGGAGGUGCUUAACCUGUGGGCGAGAGUGAGGGCGGAGCCUUUAUUCCUGCAGAGCAGCAAUAACUCCAUCUUCACCGACUUCAUCAACCCUCAGGCUGCGAGGGAGCGCAUCCUGACCAACCUGAAGAAGCAGGACGUCCCGCAGCCGCCCAUGGCGCUGGUGCCCAUGAGAGCGCCCGUGCCGGACAUCUCACCCGAGUGCCUGUCUGACAAGGCCUCCUCCGCCAAGCUGAUAAAGGAGGACCUGAGCAAGCUGCAGCACCAAGCCAAGCUUGCAGCUCUGCGGGAGACCCAGCAGGUGGCGCUGGACAGCGAGCUGCUGGAGAUGCUGCCCCAGCUCUACUGUAACCGUGAGGAGCAGCUGUCCAUGCAGCUGGAGUGCCGAGGCAGCGGGGGACGGCCCUGCCAGGGCCCCGCCCUCAUCACUGUCACGUUUGAGGGGAUGCACAAGCUGGAGCCGGUCCAGAACCAGAUCCAGUCCCUGAAGAGCGACAUCAAGCAGCUCCAGGCGGACGCCAUGAAGCCCCCCCUCCAGAGCCUGGCCGAGGCGGCCGUUCACGUGGAGAACUUCAUCACGGCCCUUGUGAACGCUUUCAAGAUGCAGCCGUCCCCCGCCACUCAGAAGGUGGGCAUCGCGGCCUUCUACCAAGUGGUGUCCUUCGUGUGCGAGGACAUCCAGCGGCACCCCCCCACCCGCCAGUUCUUCUCCUCCUGCAUCGAGAUCCUGGGCCAGGUGUUCAUCCAGGGCACUCAGUCGGAGUGCGGGCGCGUGCUGAGCACCAUCCUGCAGACCCGGCGCCUGUGCACCCUGCUCUCGCCCUACUUCACGCCCAACGCGUCCGCGGGCGAGCUGGUGGCCCUCUACGAGGAGGUGGUGAAGGCCCUGCACGCCGACAGCGGCGACGUCAUCUUCAUGCUGCUCACCAAGUUUGACCUGAGCCAAUGGCUGUCGUCGGCCCAGCCCCCCUUCUCGGAGCGCAGCCGGCUGAUGGAGCUGGUGCACCUGGCACUGAGCGCGUGCGGGCUGGAGCCCGAGCAGGAAGUGCUCCUGCCCUUCAACCACUUCUGCAAGCACUGGACCCAGCUGCUGCGGCACCAGUUCCCCGACCACUACAGCGACUUCCUGCGUCUCCUCAUGCAGAGCUCCUCUGAGCAGCUACUGAGUCCUGAAUGCUGGAGGGCCUCUCUCGCUGUGCUGGGAUGCUCCCCUCAGCCAAAGAAGAAAGGAGCAAAGCCUGCUGGGAACUCUCAGGGCCCCACCUCCAUCUCCCUCUCCCCGCAGCAGGUUGACGAGACAAUCGAGUGGCUGUCCAAUUUCUUCCUGAAGCUCCGCCUUUCCAAAGUGGACUUCCGAAGCUUCGGGCUCUACUUCAAAUGGGGCCCCUACAUAGAGGAGGUGAAGACGUUCUGGGGACACCUCAUCAACUACAUCAUAAACCUGCAACUCAACGCCUGUGCCAAGGAGGCAGUGGGCAGCAACAAGACAGUCACAGCUCUUCGAAAUUUGCACUCAAAGAUCAUCAGCCUUUUUAAGCCGUGGAUUCUGGUCCUGGAUACAGACGAUGUGAGUCAUCCUCGCUGUUACCCUUGGCUGGAGACGGACACUUCUGCAGCAGCCAGCAUGGUGGCGCUGUACACCCAGUUCACCCACACCUUACAGGAGAAAUUCAGAGACCGGCUGCUGCCCGGUCAGGCGGGUCCGCUGUGGCUCCACCUCACGCACUACUGCGACGCCUGCACCGCCCCCAAAAUGCCCGAGUUCGUCCUCUACACCUACCACACGGAGUACGGCCGCCUGCCCUGGAGGGACCUCCACCCCGACCAGACCCUCAUGAACCACUUCUUCAAGGUGGAGAGAGGAAGUCCAAAGAGCUGCUUCCUGUUCCUGGGCGGCCUCCUGUGCGAGGUGAACUGGGUCAGCGUUCUUAGCGGUGCCCUGGGACCCCAGCCCAGUCCCCAGGCCCAGAACAUGGUCAUCUAUCUCUUCUACAUGAUGGUCUUCCUGGCCAAAGAGGACCACCUGCUCACCAAGCCCGAGUCCCCCCUGCUGAGUCUGUUGGGCCAAUCCACCUCCCUGCCCUGGCACUUUGUGGACUCUUCCGCCUACCAGAACGUCAUGGGCUACGUCAGCACCCACUAUCCGCCCGCGCUCAUCCUCAACCGGGACACCUCCUCCCAGCUCAUCCUGAAGCUCCUCAAGAUGGCGGCCGGCUUCGGACCCACCCCCGAGGGCACGCCCCACAGGGACAUGACACUGAAGUGCCAAGCUUUCAUCCACCUGGCAGUGCAGUUCCUCACCUCUCUGGACCAGAACGGGAACAUCAGCAUCGCCUCCCUGGAAAGUGAGAUGGAGAAGCUUCUGGAAUGCGUCAUGGUCUUCAACCCACCAGAGACGGACCUGCAGCAGAGACACAUGGCCACCUGCAGCCUGUUCGCCGAGCUGCUGACGGUGCUGAACAGCGCGGGCGUGUCCAUGGCGGAGGGCCUGGGGGCCAUGCUGCACGGCUGGGUGGGGCGGAGGGCCCGGGGCCCGCUGGCGCUGCCCCUGCUCACCGCUGCCUGCCGCUGCCUGGCGUCCGUGCGUCACAUGACCCGCAUCACCGAGGCCUGCAUCCAGGCCUACUUCAGCGACGGGGGCUGUGUGGAUCAGUAUUCUGGCUGGGGGCCCAUCCUGGCGUCCCUGCAGGUGCCCGAGCUGACGGCGGACGACUUCAUCCGGGAGAGCCUGGAGCUGGGCAGCUUCCUCACCCUCUACGUCUACGUCCUGCAGAAGCUCAACCUGGAGCAGACGCUGGCCAACGAGAAGAAAACCCUGGUGCUGCUCAACACCUGGAUCAACCAGGUCUUCCCCAGCACCCCGGCGGACGAGGCCAAGCUCUUCCUGUGGUGGCACAAGGCCCUGCAGCUGGUGGCGGUGCAGGUGGAGCAGGGCGACGCGUGCGGCCUGGAGCCCCUGCUGCUCUCCCUGCUCGGCCUGCAGAGCCGCCUCGCCCAGCUGGGCGAGGAGAGGCUCAACUCGGGCAUCCUGGGGGCCAUCGGCCUGGGCAGGAAGUCCCCGCUCUCCAGCAGGUUCCGGGUCGUGUCCCGCUGCAUGUCCGCGUUCCUGCUCGUGCAGGUUCCGUCAGAGAACCAACUGCGCAUCCAGCCAGGGACCAACCUGCAGCUCUCCCCCAAAGCUCAACAAGCUCUGGCUGCUCUUGAAGGCAUGCCCGGCAGUAAGCAGUACGCUGAGUUCCAGGAGACCCUGGGCCAGGCCUGCCAGUUCAUCCGCUACCCCGGGCACUGCCUGCUGGACGCCAUCAGUCUGCUGGCCCUGCUGGUCAACUCCCUGUACACGGACCUGCACUACUUGGACAUCAUACGCUAGUGCCCCGCUCCUGGCAGGACAGCGCCCCCUGGAGGACGGGAGGCCCUCAGUCACAGUGACAGUGAGCAGGUGUCAGUUACUAACCCAGACCCAGACGCAGGCUAUUCGACUGUGAAGCGCUGUGCUCCGCCGCGCGGUGCGGACCCUCCGGCGAUGACCUCACCGCUCCUUUGGGCUCCAAGCUUCAGUCUGACUCUGCACCUUUAAGCUCCCAAAGGAUCAGUGGUUCAAAGCUGCGGUACAUUAGCUCACGCUUUUGCUUUCUUUUAACUAAGGCCGCUAUUCAACCUGACAGCGAUGCGCUUCGUCCGUCACCGUCUGAAAGAAUAGGAGUGUUAUUCUGAACGUAUGUAAACUGCAUGUUUCUCCUGGUCUGGAAGUUUGCGCCUUUACGUUCACACGCGGUUGUCUGUUAGAAGCCUUUUAAUUUUGCGGGUUUUUGCCAAAACGUAACAAUCUCAUCCCACUGGAUUGUGGGUAAUUUGGGGUGCUUUAUAGACUUUACCUUUAUGCCUUCCUUACCCUGUCUGCUUUAAGCAUUUAUGUAGGCCAAUUUUGUAUUGUUUUGAAAGAUACUGGGAUGUCCUAUAACAGAACAAGGAACCGUGCCCUGUUUAAGUGUAAUGUCCAACAUGAAGUUUGCACUAAAGUUAUGACUGGAAUGACUUCUUCAGUCUUGUCAAUAGCUACAGUAUGUGCUUCAUUUUUGCUUGUAAUAUAUAAUGGUGUAUAAUAGAUAAAAUAUAUUAGAACUGCAUUUUGAAUUUUAAGUUGUAAAUUAAAAUGUCCAACGUUGCAUUGAACAUAUAUUUAAAAUCACUAUGUACAAUUUUCUCCUCCUUUUAUCGUGAUUCUAUUUGGUUACACAUGUUAGCAGAGAUUCAUUGCAGUCACCCUGUCCAGGUUAGCAUGGAAUUUGGAAUGAAUUGCAUCUGAAUGCUUUCGUUCUAUCCCAGAUCCACUGGCAGGAUAUGCAGUGUUGCACGCAGCAACAGAACGCGUAGACAUACCCCAUACGUAUAUUAGCGUCCAGCAUGCUAACUGCAUUAUGUUUCCCAGAGCCUGCUGCAUCUCAGCCUGCACUAGAAGUGAUGGCUAGCACACGUACAGUAAGGUAAGCACACUUUGGUUAAACAGAUAAUGGACUGUUUGCCUGCCUUCUCUGAUAGCAGAGGGCACCAUUGACUGCAUGAAUCCAGUAGCUUGAAAGCACCCAAUAAGUCCAGGAACAAAUCAGGGUCCUGCUCUAAAUAAUUAAAUUAGGUUCUGACAUCGUACGCUUUGACUGAGUGCUUACUUUUUAGGGCUACUAAGAUGGGCACAAUUUACUCAAAGCUUACGUUAGGCUUAACGGGUCAGUCAGUCUUCAGCCUUCAACCCAACUGACCCCGAAGGCUUUUCUUUUAAGUGUACUUGCCUACUGAGUACAGUACCUGAUUCAUAACCUCCAUAUGCUUGUCAAGAGUUACUCUUUCAAGAUAAUGAUGACUCGACUUGAACACGUGACUUGCUGAGCAUAGCACUUUAGAUGUUGGCGGAGUAAAGCAAUAGAUUGCUUCCCUUAUUCAGUUGCUAUGUCUGUAUAAAAAAUGCAUUCUAAGUUAAUUAUAUAAUGGUAACAAAUAUGGGGGUACCAAAUGUGGUGACAUUUAAAUAUUUAUUUAAAAAGGUAUGCCAUUUUAAGACUGGCGAUCUGCCCGGGGUGUAUUCCUGCCUCUCCCCCAAUGCAUGCUGGGAUAGGCUCCGUCAUCCCCCGUGACCCUGACCAGGAUAGGCAGGUUACGUAAUGGAUGGAUGGAUGGAUGCUAUUUUAGCUUGUCUUCAUAUUAUUAAUUUGGAGGUAGGUUUAAAUUGCGAUAAAAUGACAUUGGUCGAAUAAGCAACACAUGUAAAACCAUUGUUGUCCACUGGGAAACAAAAUCCACAGAGCUGAAAUUUUUCAUAUGCUUGUCCUGGUUAAGUUACCCAUUUCCUGAGUUGAUUGAAUUGAAAUGGAAUUCAGCCAAACCCUGUGCUCGACUAGCUUACCGCUAUGCCACCCUUCAGGUUGUAGAAUACAGUAGGACCAGAAAAUAUAAGCAGGGAUGCACUGACAGAGGGCUAGAAUGUUGACAGUACACAUAAGCACACGUGUUUUUAGGUGGUUAAAACACUUGAGGAGAGCAAACCAAGUUCGAAAACGUUUCUGACAAAAUAUGUUUAUGAUCAAAGUAUCAUAGCAGUCAAUCCACAGCUGUACAGUGUUGCACAUGCCUUAACUAUGUGCUUGCAGUGUGUCGUGGGUUUAUGAUGUUUUGUGCCAUAUCUCUGUGUUUGACUGAGUGCACUGUUGAUUACAGUCAGUGUAUACAAUAAAAUGCCAGACAAGCUGGUUGUACAUUUCCGUCUGUUUCUAAAUAAGACCUGCCUUGGACCACUGUCGAUGUGAUCAAAUAAAGACAUUGGUUGUUUAACGUGA